CUUCCGAACACACACUUUCACACGUGGGGUUUUCCUAAAGUAUGUAAAAAGCGGCCGUCAACUUGCAUUCAAUCGGGGACCCCCGGACGCAAACGCCGUCAGGCAUAGCCCGGUGUUUUUAAAAAGUGAUCCCACGGUUACUAUUCAACUGAAAUUGGGGAAUCUGUUAAUUGCUGUCUCCAUUCAUGCCCGUCGAUAUAUUCCGCUGUUAUAAAAUGUCUCCAUUUCCUCUCAUUCGGAUAUUAUUUAUAUAAGCAGUAUAUAUAUUACUCCACUCUUCCCUUCAAUCUUUUGUUCGGUGCGGCUGUUUAUUCUGCCCCAGGAUUAAUUGCUGCUGAUUCAGUCAAUCUUUUUGGAUUUGGAUUUAAUCCUUUCUCUGGUGUUGCCCGACCUAACUUACUCGAGCUUCGACAAAUUCGCAUCUUUUGAGAGACAAAAGUCAUGGUAAGUCCAUUUGGACAGAUGGUUCAUCAUGAUUUAGGCCCUCCAUGGUUGCGACCAAUGCUGAGAGCAAGCUACUUUGUACCUUGUUCCUUUCAUGGAGAUUCUAAUAAAAGUGAAUGCAAUCUGUUUUGUUUGGAUUGUAUGGGAAAUGCGCUCUGUUCUUAUUGUUUGAUUAAUCAUAAGGAUCACCGCAUUGUGCAGAUAAGGAGAUCUUCGUAUCAUAACGUGGUCAGAGUUAAUGAAAUACAGAAGUACAUCGACAUAUCAUGCGUCCAGACCUAUAUUAUCAAUAGUGCCAAGAUUGUGUUCCUGAACGAGAGGCCUCAGCCAAGGCCUGGAAAGGGUGUUACCAACACUUGUGAGAUUUGUUGCAGAAGCCUCCUUGAUUCCUUCAGAUUCUGUUCUCUUGGUUGCAAGCUGGGAGGCAUGAAGAGAGGCGACCCAGACCUCACAUUUACACUGAGAAUGAAGCACAACAGGGACCCCUUCCUUGGUGGUUCUGAAUCUGAUGAGUCAUCUACUCCAAAGAAGAUAAGGAAGACCCAUGCUUUCAACCGUUUGAUGGAUGGACUUUCUAUUUACUCAUCUGAUGGCCAUAGCUCUGGUGAUGAGGCUACUACCAACAUUUCUCCAUCUACUCCUCCCAUUUACAAUCACCGCAAUGCAAGAAGAAGAAAGGGUAUACCUCAUCGUGCUCCAUUUUGAGAUUUCCGAAAACUCGACUAAAAGAAAACUAUUGAAAAGAGAAGAGGAAGAUAUAAAGGAAAAAGGGGGGAUAAUGUUUCCAAUAAUACUUAGUAUGUAGUGAAAGAUACACAUAUAAAGUUAGGUCAAAGAAGUGGAAUGUGGGAAAUGAUUGUUAUAGUGUUCGAGUUUCUCGUGUAAAUACUAGAAAAAGUAGUGUGUUUCUAUUAGCUUUGGAGCAAGAAAAAUGAUCCCUUCAUAUAUAUUUAGCAACAGUGUUGGGAUUUAUUUUCUGGAUUAGCAAUUGUUAGGAUAGAGAUAUAAAACCAAUGUUGAUGUACAGAUGAUGACAUAUAUGGGCUAUAGGUUGUUGGAAAGACGGUAAUAAUGGAGUUGCAUUAUAUGAUGGCAUAUGUAUAUAACAGAAAAGAAUGUGUUUUGUCCAUAUAGAUAAAAGAGUUAAUAGUUUGUUUU